UACCUUCACUUGUAGGCGAACUUAGUCGAGCAAGAUACUUCAGGAGACCGUGCGCAAAACCCUAGAUUCAACAUGGCUGAAGAAGACGUUGCUGCUUUGGUUAUCGACAAUGGUUCCGGUAUGUGCAAAGCUGGCUUUGCUGGAGACGAUGCUCCACGAGCCGUUUUCCCCUCCAUCGUUGGAAGACCUCGCCAUCAAGGCGUCAUGGUUGGUAUGGGUCAAAAGGACUCGUACGUUGGAGAUGAGGCCCAGAGCAAGAGAGGUAUUCUCACCCUGAAAUACCCCAUUGAACAUGGAAUCGUCACCAACUGGGAUGAUAUGGAAAAGAUUUGGCAUCACACUUUCUACAACGAGCUUCGUGUGGCUCCAGAAGAACAUCCAGUACUUCUCACAGAGGCUCCCCUCAACCCAAAAGCUAACCGAGAAAAAAUGACCCAGAUCAUGUUUGAGACCUUCAACAGCCCUGCUAUGUACGUAGCUAUCCAGGCUGUCUUGUCCCUGUAUGCCUCUGGUCGUACCACUGGUAUUGUCAUGGACUCUGGAGAUGGUGUCACUCACACUGUACCAAUCUAUGAGGGUUAUGCUCUUCCUCACGCUAUCCUCCGUCUUGACUUGGCUGGACGCGACUUGACUGACUACUUGAUGAAGAUCCUGACAGAACGUGGUUACUCUUUCACCACCACAGCUGAACGUGAAAUUGUACGUGACAUCAAGGAGAAGCUCUGCUAUGUUGCUCUUGACUUUGAACAAGAGAUGCAGACAGCAGCCUCCAGCUCAAGUCUUGAGAAGAGCUACGAGCUUCCCGACGGACAAGUCAUCACCAUUGGAAACGAAAGAUUCCGAUGCCCAGAAGCCAUGUUCCAGCCCUCAUUUUUGGGAAUGGAAUCUGCUGGUAUCCAUGAGACCACAUACAACUCCAUCAUGAAGUGUGAUGUCGAUAUCCGUAAGGAUCUGUACGCUAACACCGUCUUGUCUGGUGGCUCCACCAUGUACCCAGGAAUUGCUGACCGUAUGCAGAAAGAAAUCUCCGCCCUCGCUCCCCCAACCAUGAAGAUCAAGAUCAUCGCUCCACCAGAGAGGAAAUACUCUGUCUGGAUUGGAGGCUCCAUCCUCGCUUCUCUGUCCACCUUCCAACAGAUGUGGAUCUCCAAGCAGGAAUACGAUGAAUCUGGCCCAGCUAUCGUCCACAGGAAAUGCUUCUAAAUCAACCACUAUGAACUAUAAUUUCUCUUCUAUUUAUUUUCACUCCGGCGAACUAAUGUCUCUGUGAUCAAGUAACUUAUCUCAAACUUAAACAAAGCUGUUGAAAAAACUAACAUUUUCUUCUAGUCUUUUAAUACUUAAUUAUAGUUGURUGGUAAAAUGGAAAAGAUAAAAAUUAACUGAGAGUGGACUGUGUCGAGACCGGCCGCGUCACCUUGGUAUUUGGCGGGAAAAAGAAAAGAAGAAAAGAUAAUUGCGCUUGCUAUAAAAGAACCAAAAACAAAAGAUCCUGAAGCUUGAACUCUAAUAAGUUGUAGUCAUCUAACUUUACAAAUAAAAUUG